CAAUCAGAGCCCUCUCUGCCUCGGAUUCCACCUGUUCUUCAUUCCUUCUUUCUUUUCUUCUGCUGGGGGAACGCGUCAUGGGAUGAGCUCACGUUGCCAUAUUGUGCGGUAUUUAACGAGUCCGUCCUCCUGCAUCUACUGCUACCAGAGCUGAACCACUCAGCCGCCCGGAGGUCUGAGGUGGGCGGAGACUGAGCCCGAGGUCCUCCCCGUCCGCAGCGACGCACCGCGCAUUUCGGACUCGGCACCCGCACCCGUCCGAGGAGGAAGCAUCAUGGCUGCGACCACUUGUACACGCUUUACUGACGAAUACCAGCUGUACGAGGAGCUUGGCAAGGGGGCCUUUUCAGUGGUGCGCCGCUGUGUCAAACUCUGCUCAGGCCAAGAAUUCGCUGCCAAAAUCAUCAACACCAAAAAACUCUCGGCCAGAGACCAUCAGAAGCUGGAGAGAGAAGCCCGCAUCUGCAGAUUGCUCAAGCACUCCAACAUCGUUCGUCUCCAUGACAGUAUCUCGGAGGAAGGCUUCCACUAUUUAAUCUUUGACCUGGUGACAGGAGGGGAGCUGUUUGAGGACAUUGUGGCUAGAGAAUACUACAGUGAAGCAGAUGCCAGUCAUUGCAUCCAGCAGAUCCUGGAGGCCGUGCUCCACUGUCAUCAGAUGGGGGUGGUACAUAGAGACCUCAAGCCGGAGAACCUGCUGCUGGCCAGCAAGUGUAAGAACGCAGCAGUGAAGCUGGCUGACUUUGGACUGGCAAUCGAGGUUCAAGGAGAACAGCAGGCUUGGUUUGGCUUUGCAGGCACCCCCGGCUAUUUGUCCCCAGAGGUACUGAGGAAGGAGGCGUAUGGCAAACCUGUGGACAUCUGGGCCUGUGGUGUGAUCCUGUACAUCCUCUUGGUUGGAUACCCUCCGUUCUGGGAUGAGGACCAGCACAAACUCUACCAGCAGAUCAAAGCUGGAGCGUAUGAUUUUCCCUCCCCAGAGUGGGACACGGUGACUCCGGAGGCUAAAAACCUGAUCAACCAGAUGCUGACUAUCAACCCAGCCAAGAGAAUCACUGCCCAGGAGGCUCUGAAGCACCCAUGGGUCUGCCAACGCUCAACAGUGGCCUCCAUGAUGCACAGGCAGGAGACAGUGGAGUGCCUGAAGAAGUUUAACGCCAGGAGGAAACUCAAGGGGGCCAUUUUGACCACCAUGCUCGUCUCCAGGAACUUCUCUGUUGGUCGGCAGACCACAGCCCCCGCUGCCCUCAGUGCUGCAGCUGGUGCCACCGCUGGCAUCGUGGAACAAGCAGCCAAGAGUCUCCUGAACAAGAAGGCUGAUGUCAAGCCCCAGACAAACAGCACGAGAAACAGCAUAGUCACCAGUCCCAAAGGCAACAUCACAACUGCUACACUGGAGCCUCAGACUACUGUUAUCCAUAAUCCAAUAGAUGGGACCAAGGGAUCAUCGGACAGCAGCACCACGACUAUUGAGGAUGAAGAUGUGAAAGCUCGCAAACAGGAGAUCAUAAAGAUCACAGAGCAGCUGAUCGAAGCUGUCAACAACGGGGACUUUGAAGCCUACGCGAAGAUCUGCGACCCUGGCCUGACCUCGUUUGAGCCCGAGGGGCUGGGUAAUCUAGUGGAGGGAAUGGACUUCCACAGAUUUUACUUUGACAAUCUCCUCUCCAAGAACAGCAAACCCAUCCACACCACCAUCCUCAACCCCCACGUCCACAUGAUCGGAGACGAGGCCGCCUGCAUCGCGUACAUUCGUCUGACGCAGUUUGUCGACGGGCAGGGCCGGCCCCGUUCCAGCCAAUCAGAAGAGACCAGGGUGUGGCACCGCAGGGACAGUCGGUGGCAAAACGUCCACUUCCACUGCUCAGGAGCUCCUGCUGCCCCUCUGCAGGGAUAAGGCACGUGACACUGAUGAGGAGGUCGAGAGGGGUGGACAGGGAAUGAGUGGAUAAUCUAAGAGAGAAAGAGAGAGUCAGUGGUGAGAGAGAGGCGGAGGUGGAUUGGAGGUUGAGUUUAAAGAGUCUGAUUAUGGGAUGGUGGCCGUCCUCCUGCCCCCCCCCCAACACACCCACCUCGCUCUUCUCUCUCUGUCUCCCUACAACCUCGACAGCAGCCGGCGACAACGAAGCUCCCAUCGCCGAAACCUACAGUACAGCAGAGGGCGUAUCCAUCAGCUGCUAAAGGGAACCGUACAGCCCACAUCUUGUCUUCUGUCGGCCUGUAUGUGGCUGCAGUCUGACACUGCAACACACCUGGACAACACCUCCUGUGUCCUGUGCUCCAAUGUGGCACCCUCCUGUUCAAGAUCUCCCCUCAAACAUAGAGUUAUUGUUCCUUCCCUCUAGUAUUACUAUGGCUGCAGUCUGUCGUUGUGCUCUUGCAACUGUACAGUGUAUUUAUGAGUCACUCUAAACCGUUCCUCCUGUUAUUGUCUUCUUUUUCUAUGACGAGCAUGACUCCUACCUGUUAUUCUUAUAACCUGUGGCUGUUUUUCUGCACGACUAGGGCUGCCUGUGUGAAAUGAACAAGCCACGCGUCUCACAGAGAGAGAGACCAGUGGGUGUAUUUAAUUAUCCGUUUUGUUUUGUCAUUCAACAGAGUUUUUUUCCCCUCUUUACUCUGCAGUGUAGUGGACCCCAAACCCACGCCUCUGUGUUCACCGGGGCCCCUCUGAGCCACUCUGUGAGACAGUGAAAACCAUGCAGCAUGCUAAGAUAUUAGUGUCGCUCUUAACCGAUUCUCUAUGUACUGAACAUUGCAAGUUAACUGCUGAAAUUAUGACAAUGGUUGAACUUCUAGUAUCACUGCUGUUUAUGUAAAUUUCCAGUUUCUUCGUGGUGACUUAACUCCAACUAUGCUGUAGAUGGUAUUUAAUUGCAUGAUAUUCCAAGUUAAUACAUUGGUGAGUUGGGUGUUAUCGUGCAUUUUUGUUGAUUUCUCUCCUUUUGGACUGAACUGCUGGUGAGCUAUACUCUAUUGCCUCUAUUUUCUGGGCUUUGUAAGUGCAUAAACUAUUAUUUUUGUGUUCCUAUCGUAGUGUAGGAUAUAAGGAUGCGGGUGGGGAUGAUAACAGAAUAUGCCUUUUAGAGAAAUUGCUGGGUCCAGAUCAGAUUUGAUUAGAGACCAAACCCAGGAUCAUAGUUGAUCACUUUUACCUUUUACAAUCAAAAUGGCCCUAACAGGCUUCACAUCAGGGGGUUAGCUGUUUAUUUUAAGCAGUGAAGAAGAAAUGCUAUGUGUAUUAAGAAUGCUAAACGAGACAUUGGUAUAAUAGAUGUGUAUGCAGGAUUUUAGUAACACAGAUUUUUUUCUCAAACAUUUGACCAGACACCAAAAGCAAAGCCUCAAAAUUAUUGUCAAUUGUUUGGAUUAAAACAAAAGAAAUCUGUCAUUUAUUGGUCCAGUUAUUUUGACUUGGAGCUUCUUUCAGUCGCAGUGAAAACCACAUAUCUUAUUUUUUACUUCCUCAAGAGAAGUUUUAGAAAAAUGAGUUUAUAAUAGAUUAUUUAGUCAUCAAGAAAAAACAGAAUGUAUCAACCCACAGUGGAAUACAUAAUCCUUUACAUGACUAUAAUCAGUGUUUUUAUAAUAACUGCCAUGUGACAGUACACAUUACCAGUGCACAACACAAAUUAUAUUUCCAAGCAGACUAUUUUUUUUAUGUUCGAAGACAAUUCUAUUGCACCUCAGCCAAACCCAUGCGACGUUCAAGGUUAACCAGUAUAGCAGAUGGAUAGAUGGAAAACAUACCUAAUUUUAUCAAAGAAAUUAUUUCCACUUGUCAUUAGAUUGUCAAAGUUGAAUAUAUUAAAUAAAUAUAUAUAUAUAUAUAUACAUAUACAGUAUAUGAUCUUCAUUCAGACCCUUGUGGUGUGCAUGAACCUCUCCUCUAGAGGGCGCCAACGUCAAACAACAGAAUUGCAUUAGUGAAGUGCAGGGUUCAAAAUACAAAUGUGAACAGUGCUGAGUUCUGCAAUGAUGUGUUUGUGAGAGUGCGGCCUUGAGCCUGAUAAAGAGUGUGAGCAGAAAAAGAAUGACAAACUGUUGCAGACAGGUCGUCAGUUAAUCCAUUUUAAUCAGCGUUGAUGACAAUUACAUUUUACAAUUGCUUUCACUCAAUUUUCCAGAGGUAUAAUGUCCAGAGGUAAAACUGUUCAAAUAAAAACCAGUUUCCACCUCUAAUCAUCACAUAAUGCGCAAAAUAAAUACAUCAGUGUUGACUAGUUAUUCGACUUAUUGUUGGCUGAUGGCAGGAGAUUAAUCAGAAAAUGUUUUGAUUAUUAGUUGAUCAGAUUUUCUGUAUUUUUGUGAAAGAAACAUCUUCUGUCAAACGUGAGCAUUAGCUGCUUCUCUCUGUUUUACCUUACUGGAACGUGAAAUGGUGUUUUACUGUUUGACUGCAUUUUAAAAUUAUUUAUUUAUUAAUUGAUUGAUUUAGCACACUGGAUGAUCGAUUAGUUAAUUUGGGAAAGAAACCACAGAUUAGUCUCGAUCAGGAAAAAUAAGGUUUACAGCCAUAAUCUGUAAAUGCAAUGCGUUUAAACAUUCAUCUGUGAAUUUCAGUAAUUUUUGCUUUUUACAAUAUUAUGCUAUGAGGAAAUAAUGCUCUCAAUCACUAAUUAUUCUAAUUCUAAUUUAUCACUUAAUCUAAGACGCAUUUACCACCAAUUCUAAUCAAAAUAAUAUGCAAAAGUAAUUUCAUCAAGAGUCUACACCGGUGCAACUGACUCAGCUGUCUGUAUUUAAUAUGAUGUAAGAAUGACAUUUACUGAAUAUGCUAUUACUGUAAAUAUAGAUUAUAUUGUCUGGAGUCUGACUUUGCGUUGCUGCAUCAGUUUACAUUUUGUUCUGUAUUCAUUUUUAUUUGAGUUGUCAAAGCUUACAUAUAGUAUAUAAUAUUUCUAAUGUUUAAUGAUCUAAAAUAGAGUCAAGAAAAAGUAGAGUGCAAUAAAAUGUAUUUAUUUUUCUUUCUUCCCCCCCACUGCCACACUUUUUAAAUGUAUAUGGCCAUAUGAAGUGAUCAUCCUUUACACUGAAAUGCUGCUCGCCUGGUAAUGUUGUUAAUGUGGUGAAAUGUUUAGCAUGCACUGGUUCAGUGGUUUGUAUAAUAAAAUAAACUUUAUUUAAACUGUC